CUCCCAGAAGGCCGUGCAUGGACAGCCCCGGCAACGUCAGCUUGCCCCGUGGUUUUCUCCUUCAAGGCUUCUUCGAAUUCCCGCACCUGAGGCCAGCGCUCUUCCUGCUGCUGCUGGCUGUGCACCUGACCACCCUCGGCGGGAACUUGCUCAUCUUGGUGGCGGUGGCCUCGGUGCCCAACCGGCCGCCCAUGCUGCUCUUCCUAUGCCAGCUCUCGGUCAUCGAGCUUUGCUACACCCUGGUGGUGGUGCCCCGCUCCCUGGCGGACCUCAGCAUGCCGGGCCAUGCCAGGGGCAGCCCCAUCUCCUUCCUGGGCUGCGCGGUUCAGAUGCAGAUGUUCGUGGCGCUGGGCGGGGCCGAGUGCUUCCUGCUGGCCGCAAUGGCUUAUGACCGCUACGUGGCCAUCUGCCACCCACUGCGCUACGCUGCCGUUGUGACCCCUGUGCUGUGCGCGCGCCUGGCCCUGGCCUGCUGCCUCGGGGGCCUGGCAGUGUCGCUGGGGCUCACGGUGGCUGUCUUCCACCUGCCCUUCUGCGGCUCCCACCUGCUGGUGCAUUUCUUUUGCGACAUCACUGCGCUGCUGCACUUGGCCUGCACCCGGAGCUACGCCGAGGAGCUGCCGCUGCUGGGCGCCUGCCUGGUGCUGCUAUUGCUGCCCUCCAUGCUCAUCCUGGCCUCCUACGGGGCCAUCGCCUCUGCCCUUCGCCGUCUGCACUCAGCCGCGGGCCGCCUCAAGGCCGCCUCCACCUGCGCUUCACACCUGACGGUCACCUUCCUGCACUACGGCUGCGCCACCUUCAUGUACGUGCGGCCCAAGGCCACCUACUCUCCGCGGCUGGACCGCACCUUGGCGCUGGUCUACACCAAUGUCACGCCGCUGCUCUACCCGCUCAUCUACAGCCUGCGCAACCGCGAGGUCAUCGCCGCCAUCCGCAGGGUGCUGGAGCGCUUGUGGCCAGACAAAGUCAGAGGUCAAGGGCUGUGUGAGCCGUGAGAGUGGGAAGGGACAGGCCAGAGUGGACAGCUGCCCCAGCACCAGGGGUUCUGCCUCAGAAAAGCCACCUCGAGGACCUUGUUGAGGAAAGAACGUUUGGAAGCUGGCUACACAGAAAAGCCUCCUAAGGCGGCCCAGUCCUCCUCCCUCCCUAGACGAAUGGCCAAAGCCGGGUAGUAGAAGGCCCUAGAUGUAGAUUUAAUGUUUCCAUAAACACGUGAGGAGUUUUUCCCAAAACCUCGUGCCUGUGCGUGGGUAGAUGGACUUGGUGAAGAAGGCACAA